AUGGCCAAUGCUGAGGAGGACAUACGACUUCCUGUUACUCUACUGGACCUACUGUCCAUUUCUCUGGUUCUGCGGCAGACUGCGCCAUAUCUAUCGGUAAAAGAGCUGCGACGAUUGUCCUUGACCAGCCAGAAGCUCCGGUCACUCAUAUAUGGCGAAUCUGAGGCAUGGAGCCAUUUGAAUCUUGUCGGAGUGAAACGGGCCAUCAUCGAAACCGCGCCGAUUGAUGUUGGCGGGAUCUCUUGGCGGGCGGAACGCAUGGACGAGAGCUUGACCGAAGACGACUUCUAUGCUGGGCCACUGCGCGGCAUUCUCGGAAGCCUACAUUCGAAGCAAGUCUUGAAGUUUGUGCAAACACUCAUUCUCGAUGGGCUCACCGUGCCCGCGGAUCUGGUUCGUGAGAUGCUGGCAGAAGAUCGAUAUCAUGUUCGGGUCCUCAGUCUACGAGAAGCUCGACAACUGAAUGUCACGAAAUUGCAGCAAAUCCUGCGCUACAGCGUUCGUCCAACACGAGAUGUGACUUCACCAAGACUCAAGGCACUCUACAUCUUUGGACCAAAAGAUGCAUCUCGAUUUGUUGUACCAAGCAACUUCAAACUUGAAUCGGCACCUUCUCUAGGCGUCAUGGGCUCGGGAACACAGCUUGGCGGCGCACAGAUUGGAGCCGACUGGAACGCACGCUCAUCGAACGACAUGCAAGCAUACCUCGCCGAUGAUGAACGGAAGUGGUACGGCUGCAACGGGCGAGUUAUCAAGCGACCCUUUUCGGAAUGGGCCGAAACGCUUCAGGUCUGCAAGGGCAUUAUCAAUUUUGAUGCAGUUCUCUGUCGAGGGCCAAGACACGACAUCACCAAAGUUGCCAGCAAGGACUUCCUUCAGCCUACUAUUGCCACUAUCGCACUGGGUCCGGCUGGCUGCGAGACUUGUCACUCAUGUCCAGAGCAGCCUGCACUGUUUGGCGAGAGUGCCGAACACACUCUGCCUCUCUUAGCACCGAUACCUCUCCAUUCUUCGACGGUGCGAGCUGCCAUACGGCCCGAACAACAGCCAGAUGGCAGCUUUCCAAGCCUCAUUCUCCGAUGCGAGGACUGUCUAAGAGGCCGAUGGUGCGAGCAAUGCAAUCGAUGGUGGUGCGAAGGCUGUUAUCAGGAACCAGUCUCGCGAGCAACAUUGCGCACUGAGCUGCAACAAGCUGAAAUGCGAGAAGACCUCCAGCGUGACGGGUGGGCAUCAGUGACAAAUGCUCCGGCUGGCAACCAAGCCGGCGUGCAUCGAGACUGCUACCUAUGCGGCAGAACUUGUCAAGCCUGCAAAGACAGUUUCAUCCGCACAUGCCGAAGCUGCAAGCAGGAAUACUGUUUCCCGCAUGAUGAGAACUGCACCGAAGCAAAGAUUGCUCCGCGACCAGCGAAUAACAGCUACAAAUCCGACGACGUCGCCUGGAGAACAUACCAACGAUCUUUCGCAACUCCAAUGUCGUUCCCACUCUAGAUCUCGAAUGAGCAUCUACAAUCCUUGAUUGCGCAGGGGAGGAGAGCAGCCAAGGAGGCAACAAAGCAGUAUUCAGAGUCGAUCGAAAGGUGGAAAGGUCUAAACGCUAUACCGCUAUUAACCUAAAAAGGAUUGGAGGAGGCUAAAGCGCUUGGUAGUAGGGGUGGGUCUAGACCGUCUAGUCAACAUUUUCGCCUUCCAAGUUCCGGAUACCCCCCGCCCCGGUCCCUUACGCAGUAGCGCAUAUCCUGUUAUGCCUUCCCUUUCAUCUGCGUCCGUCUUUCAACUUCAUCCUCUCUUCUCUAAAAUUAAGCCAUGGACAUUCUUGCCGAACCACGGCGCGAUGAUGAACUAUGCCGCAAUGUCCGAGCAGGAAAUCUGUCUGGCAUCCAGGACGCAAUCCACGAGCUCGAAAAAGACGACAAGCUUCCUCCGAGAAUCUGAACGCGCGCAAUGACCAUCUGCAUCUCAAACAAGAACAUACAAGCAUUGAGAAUCCUCCUCGAUCAUGGUGACGCGAAUGAAAGUGUCGUGGAAGAAGCGGCCAAAAGCGAGGAUAUUGAGAUCUUGGGGAUUGUGCUUAAUCAUGGCUGGCCUGUGGAUCGUAGCUUAAGAAAAGGUUCAAUUCCUUCG